AUGACGAGAAAGUGUGGGCAGGCGUGGAAGAAGCAAGAGCUAGCAGGAUGGUGGGAAUGGGACAGCAAGGAGCUUGGACUAAAUGGGAAAAUGUUCGGCAACGCAGAACUGGACAAUGUUUCUUCUCUGUUGGAAGAUGCUGAGAAGAAGGGAAUUAAGCUGGCCAAAGAUGCCUCCAGCCUAGAGAGUCAGCUUCAGGACACUCAGGAGCUGCUUCAAGAGGAGACUCGUCAGAAGCUGAACCUGAGCAGCCGUGUUCGUCAACUGGAUGAGGAGAAGAACAGCCUUCUGGAGCAGCAGGAGGAGGAAGAGGAGGCACGGAGGAACCUGGAGAAACAACUGGCAACACUACAAGCCCAGCUGGUGGAGACUAAGAAGAAGCUGGAGGAUGAUGUGGGAGCCCUUGAAGGCCUGGAGGAGGUCAAGAGGAAGCUGCAGAAGGACAUGGAGGGGACCAGUCAGAAGCUGGAGGAAAAGGCCAUCGCUUACGACAAGCUGGAGAAAACCAAGAACAGACUGCAGCAGGAGCUUGAUGACCUUAUGGUAGACCUGGACCACCAGAGACAGAUCGUCUCAAACCUGGAGAAGAAACAGAAGAAGUUUGACCAGUGUUUUGUGAGAAUCCCAGUGUGA